GGGUUGCGCCCUGAAGGCGAUACCGAAUGCUAAGAUACAGGCUCCAAGAGUGGCGGGCGCAUGCAGCGACGCUCACCUCGGUAGUCUCGAGGGCGAGGAUUAUAAGUGGAGAUGAAGAGGACGCACUCGAGCCGUUUGCUGCCAUCGCGUUGUGCUAUGGCAUGUUGAAGGUACAUCCUAUGGAAAAGGGGGAAGAAGACCCAGAACUGGGCUUCGUAAGAUUUGAUAUGGAUGUGAGUGUGAAGGCUCGGGUGAAACCGAGGUUGGUGGUAGGAGUCCCUAGACAAGGUGACUAUUAUUUUGAGGUGGUUUCAGCACAAACCCCGUGGUGCAAUCGUUGUAGAGAAUUUUAUCAUGAGGAGAAAGACGACUGUUGCCCCGGGAAUGCUGAGGCAGAUCCUUUUGCGGAUAACUUCAACAGGCCAGUACCGCCGUCCCCACCUUUUUCAGGCUUCGUGCCGAUUGGAGAGAAACCCCCUACGACAGGAUUCCGUAGAUUUCCAGGGGGAAACCAGUCGUACCAGGAGAAAUUGACCUCCGGCUCAAGGAAAGGAUCGAGGGAUGAGGGGGAGAAGAAAACCAAGGGAUUAUCGAAAGGGAAGGAAGGGAAACCGCAGCAGCAGACCACGCAGAAGAAGAAGGGGAAGAGCAAGCAAGGGGACCCUAGUGGACAACACUCAAGGGUGAAGGGAGAUCGCUCGAGCCGGGCGGAUGACGGCGUAGAAUCAGAGAGUGAAGGAAACAGCCGGUUAUCCGCAUUGGAGAAAGGGGCGUACAAAGCUUUGUCUAAAGCCUUCAAAUCGGGAAGUGGCGGGAGGGACCACAUGAAGGACAUUUCCUUUCAGGGAUUUGCGAAAGAGGUAAAGAUAAGUGAAGGGUCAGAAGAGGAGAAGGAGGAAGAGGAUGAAGAAGAGGAGAAUGAGAAGGAAUGCGGAGGAUACUUGAUGGAAGAGGAAGGUAGUGGGACAGGGGGAGGAGGGAGAGUGGAAGGUCUGGUGGGCGGAGUGCCGAUCGAAACCCUGAACAGAGGGGACGAUAUUGUUAGAGUUUUAGUUCCCCUCAUAUUCGCUCGUGCUAGCUCAGGCGUGAUGAUUCUGGCUACUCAGUUAGCGGAUGGUUCUAUGGAACAACCAACGGUGGAAUUCAAGGAGUUGCUGACGCAACCAGCGAUCCUAAAGAGGACAAGAUAUAUAGUCCCGAGUUGCCUCCAGAUCAGGGUAAUCCAAGGGAUGAGGACUGGGGUACAUACCGUCGCGUUACCAUCGGGCCAAAAAACGAGAUUCUAUUUUGUUUUUUUGGACGCCAAAAUGGAGAAUACAAUUAAGGACCAGCUCGAAGCUCUGGAUAGAUCUUGGUUUGCCCUAAAUCUCUUGGAUUCAGAUCUCAAUGAGGAUCUCGAAAAGAUCUCAUUGAAGGGUUCCCUAUCCGCCAAAGUGAUAGCGGAAUGGCUCCGUGAUGCGGAAGUGUAUAGAAGUGCUCUAUUUGACGAGUCCUUCAAAGCCACCCUAGGCACCCCAUGGCAGGUGACUUCACCUUCGUCAGGAGGUAGGGAGGGAGCACGGAGACGGAAGAAACCAGAUAACGGGGAAUCACCGAGAGGCCGCAUCCAUGGCAAAAAAGGCCUCUCGUUGACUGAUGCUCAGUAAUGGAAAGAAUUAAGUUUAUUUCGCAAAUGUCGAGUUUUGUCCCUAAUUGUGCUAAUCGUAUCAUAGCUGCUGACUGGAACACAGUACUAAACCCGGGCUUGGAUACGCCAAAAGUGACUCCGAUAAGAUCGGAUAUCAGAUUAUUAAAUGCCUUUCUGACUAGUCAAGGUCUAAUCGAUGCAUUUAGGGUACUCUAUCCUGAGGAUCCGGGAUACACUUGGUUUGGGUCCCAGUCUCCACCGGUAAGGAAGAGGUUGAAUUUCAUGCUUAUGAAGGGAACCCCAUGGGAAACUUGGCAUAGGAUAGAGGUUGGGGUAGGGUCUAUGUCGGAUCACCUGCCAAUCACUGCAAAAUUUCAGAUUUCUCAGGCACAGAAAUUUGGGAGCUCUUACUUUAAAUUGAAUACGCAGCAUCUUAAUGAUCCGGAUUUUCGAGACUGGAUCCGUAACCAUUUCAAGGAAUGGGAAAUGGCUAAGUCUUUAUUCGAGAAGGAGGAAGACUGGUUGGAAGUAGGAUUCAGAAUCCUUCAGGGUUCGCUGAGUAAUAUCUCCCAGAUAAAGGUCAUGGAACGGA